AUGUACUACGGCACGCGCUUUACGUACUGGAUCGGAGGUGUGCUGACCACAGUCCUUUAUGGUGCGCCUAUGAAGUGCGCCGAUGAUGAACUGAUGGUGUUCGCGAGUCCAUCGAAUAUGACAUGUAGUGAGUAUGCUGGGCCUUGGCUCGCCGAGAAGGGCGUGGGGUCUCUCGAAUCCAGGAAGUACUGGGACGUGUGGCUACUGCGAGUACAGCUCCGGGGAUGA